AUGAUGAACGCGUUGGCGGUAUUUAUAUCCGUGAGCUUGACUCUCGGCGCAUCACACCUGCAGAGCUCGCCCCGCCAUUCCAGCGACGAGCAUUACGUGGACGGGGAGCACAACGCCGACUACGACAAGAAGAUGUUCCUCGGAGGAGAGGAAGAAGCGGAAGAGUUUGCUGAGCUAAGCCCAGAAGAACAGCAGAAGAGGUUAAAAUCGAUCAUCAGGAGGAUAGAUACGGAUGCGGAUGGAUACCUUACUGAAGAUGAGCUCAGCUGGUGGAUCCAGAAGUCCUUCAAGCACUAUGUGUUAGAAGACACCAAGGAGCAGUUUGCGGAGGUGGACCAGAAUGGCGAUGGGAUCGUCACGUGGAGGGAGUACAACAUGCACAUGUAUGACCGAAUCAUAGACUACUCUGAAGAUACCGUUCUGGAAGAUGACGAGGAGGAGUCUUUCCGCCUGAUCCAUUUGAGGGACAAGAAGAGAUUUGAACGCGCAGACCGUGACAAUAUUCCUGGACUAAAUCUCAGAGAAUUUACAGACUUCGAGCAUCCUGAAGAAACUGAUUACAUGCUGGAGUUUGUUAUUGAAGGAGCAUUAGAAGAACAUGACAAAGAUGGGGAUGGAUUUGUUAGUCUAGAAGAAUACCUCGGUGAAUACUCUCAGGAUCCAGAUGCUACGGAAGACCCGCAGUGGGUCAUUGUGGAGAGAGACCGCUUUGACAAUGACUAUGACAAGGAUGGCGAUGGGAAACUCAACCCAAUAGAACUUCUGUCUUGGAUUGUUCCAAACAAUGUCGGGAUCUCACAGGAAGAGGCCAGUCAUCUGAUGGAAUCCAUUGACAAGGACGGAGACGGGAGACUGUCGGAAAUAGAAAUACUGCAGAAUCGGGACAUCUUUCUAACCAGCGAAGCCACAGAUUAUGGACGGCAGCUUCAGGACGAGCACUUCUACCACGACGAGCUCUGAACGGCCAAAUGUGGGCUAAAUAUUUUUCUAUUUAUAACGUGUCUUGGAUGACUAAAAGACUACUUUGUUUAACUUAGUUGGAAGCCAGAGAUUAGCCCGGUAUAGAAGAACCUCCAUUAGGUUUUAAUAAAAACUUAACUUUAUAGUUUUCUUUCCUUCUUGAAAGUCCCGGACCAAAUUUUAGAAGAGUAUAUUUUGUCUGUGGAGAUACAAAUGGCUCAUGUUACAAGGCGGUGUGUAACAGAUGGCCUCCAUCAUGCCUGUCCUCA